GUCCCCCACUGAUGUGACACAACAGAUCCAACAGAACCAACAAACAUACUGACAAGUAAAUUAAAUGGAUAUUAUAAAAAUAUUGUAUUGACAUUAAUAAAAGUUAUAGUUAAUAUAUCCGGCAAUAAAAACAAUUUAUUGGUUGUAAAAUAAAUAUAAUGUAUAAACGUCAAAUGUUGACAAUGAAGUUGUUGUAAUAAAAAAUUAAUACUCAAUAAUAAAAGCAUAACUAGUUUAGUGUUGUUUAUUUUUUAAAUGGAUUAAUUGGACAUUGAUAAUUAAUCAAUCAUGUCUGGACAAAUAUGUUUAAAGUGGAAUAGUUUUUUAAAUAAUAUACAAACAAGUUUUGAAAGUCUUUGGGAAGAUGAUGGUUUAGUUGAUGUUACACUUGCUAGUGAUGGACAAUGUUUAACAGCACAUAAAGUUAUUUUAUCAGCAAGUAGUCCAUUUUUUAAAAAAGUAUUUCAGACAAAUCCUUGUCAACAUCCAGUAAUAAUACUUCAAGAUGUACAUUUUACUGAAUUGGAAGCAUUAUUGUCAUUUAUAUACAAAGGUGAAGUUAAUAUUGAACAAAAAAAUUUACAAGCAUUAUUAAAAGCUGCUGAAACAUUACAAAUACGUGGUUUAUCAAAUGAUGAUAUGAUUAAUCAAAAUUCAUAUACACAAUUUGAUGAAUGUAAUAAUCAAUCAAGUGAACAAUCAUCAUCACAAAUAAUUGAUGAAAUACCAAAGAAAAAAAAGCUUAAAAUAAAUGAUAAUAAUAAAAAACAUGAUAAAAAUAAAAAAAGAAUUUCUCGUGAAUCAACUAGUAGUGAUAAAUCAGACAGAGAUGAUGAAUUUACAAAUAAUUUAAAUACUGUUUAUCGAAAGCUGGAUAUGAAGAUGGAACCAAUUGAAGUUUUGAUGACUGACCUCAAUAAAGAAGUUGUUGAUGGAGAAGUUGAUGAAGAAAAUGAAAGAAUUGAAAUUGGACAAUCUGAUAGUGACCAAGGAGAAGCAAGAGGUACUGAUGAUAUUUCAAUUGAUUUUAAUGAAACAACUCAUGAUAAACCAGUACUUUAUCCAUAUCAACAAUUGCCAUAUGCUGAUUUAUUACCAACUCCAGCUGUUAUUUCAACAUGGGCAUCAUCAAGACCAAUGGAUCAUCUUGCUUGUGAUAUUAUGAAGCUAUUAUUUACACCUGAAGAACGUAUAUUAUGUAAUGUCAAUGGAAAAAUGGGAAAACAACAAUUUAACAGUAACAAAAUACAAUUAAUUAGAGAAGUUUUAAUUCAAUUUAGUGGUAUAUCACCAAAUAGUACUGAAUGGGAUGAAGCAUGGAAAAAUUGUGUUACUAAAAUUGAUACUAGUAAUCGUGGAUUAAAAAGAUAUUUAUUUCAAAGAAGAUCUGUUUAUACACAAUGACAAGCAAGACAACGGUCAAGUGUCAAAAAAAAUAGUUGUCACUGGCUUUAAAUAAUUUUUUAUUUUAUUGUUAUUUUUUUUUUUGUUUUGUUUAUUUAAUGAUACUUGAAUAUAGUAUUUAUUUUUGUUAUAUAUUGUCAUUAUUUUUCAUGGUGGCUUAGUUAAUUUCCAAAAAAUAAAAUAGAUUUAUUUAAAUAAAUACUAGUGAGGCUAUAUUACACAUGGAUA